UUAAUCUCUCAGUAAACUGUGCCCGCCUGCACCCCUCAUCCAGCCCUGCACUUCUCAAUCUCCCUCGGCUGAGUUCCGUUCAGCCACUGGAGGAUCUCAGCAUCAUGGCUGCUACCGGAACAUUUCGUAUGGUGUCUGAGGAGGAGCAGGCGUUACGCACUAAACUCGAACAUCUGAGCAUUAAGGACCACGGUCCAGUUUACGGACCCUGCAAGAAACUACCGGAUCACACAAAACAGAAGGCUAAAGAUGAACUGAAUGAAACGGAGGAGAGGAAAGUGUCUUCCAUAAAGGAAUUGAGGGCCAUGAUACAAGAAAAGGCAAGCGAAGGGGACAAUAUUGCUAAAGCUGUGCAAGAAAAAUUUGAGAACCAACCAGAUUCCCUUCUUCUGAGAUUCAUACGUGCCCGAAAGUUUGACGUGACCAGAGCACACGAGCUUAUGAAAGGUUAUGUGCGUUUUAGGCGAGACUAUCCAGAGUUGUUUGAGAAUUUAACUGCAGAGGCUGUGCGCAGUGCCAUUGAAGCCGGAUACCCACGAAUCCUCUCCACCAGAGACAAGUACGGCCGAGUGGUGCUGCUCUUCAACAUCAACAACUGGGAUCUGGAGGAGGUCACUUUUGAUGAAACUCUAUGUGCCUACUGCAUAAUCCUUGAGAAACUUCUAGAAAACGAAGAGACCCAAAUCAAUGGCUUUGUCCUCAUUGAGAACUUCAAGGGCUUCACGAUGCAGCACGCGUCUGGAAUCAAACACACCGAGCUGAAGAAGAUGGUGGACAUGCUACAGGACUCUUUCCCGGCCCGAUUCAAGGCAGUGCAUGUGAUCCACCAGCCCUGGUACUUCACAACCACCUAUAACGUGGUGAAGCCCUUCAUGAAGAGCAAACUGCUGGAAAGGGUUUUUGUUCACGGUGACGAGCUGGAUGGCUACUUCAGGGACUUUGGUGCUGAAAUCCUUCCUCCGGAUUUCGAUGGGACGGGUCCCGACUGUGACGGCAAAGAGACGGCGAUCAAGCUGUUUGGAUCUGAAGAUACAGCCCUUUAAACCACCCA